UUUCUGGAAAUUCGAUUUUUCUCAUAACAAUUCUGGAGCAUAAAACACAGAGAAACGAAGAAUGAGAUUCAGGCUCCAACAUCUAAAUCCCACCUUCAGAUCAUAUCUCUCAAGAAAACUCUCUUCUCCCAGAAAUCUUCAGCACCCAAACUCCAUUAUGAUUCAGUCCCUCGAUCCCCAUUUCCUAAUUUACCCUCAGAUUUUCUCCGAUAAUCCUAUUUACAACAUUCCCAGAAGGUGGCAUUUGGGUCAUUCUCUCGAUCACCAUGAUCAUCAUCAUCACUACCACCAUAAUUUGACCAAGGAAGGAGAAAAGAUAUUUCGGUUGGGUCUGGGAGCGGAUAUCGGUUUAGCUACUAGUAAAGCUUUGACCGGGUAUUUAUCCGGAAGCACCGCCAUCAUCGCCGACGCCGCACAUUCGAUUUCUGACGUGGUUCUUAGUGGGGUUGCUUUAUGGUCAUUCAAAGCUGCAAAUGUUCCCAAGGACAAAGAACACCCUUAUGGACAUGGUAAGUUUGAAACUCUUGGUGCUCUGGGAAUUUCUUGUAUGCUUUUGGCUACUGCUAGUGGAAUUGCUUGGCAUGCUAUAGAGCUCCUAAUUGGGUUACUGUCCACUUCUCCUGAAGCUGUUCAAAGUCAUUCAUUGGUUCACGGGCGUAGCCAUCAUCAUCAUGGGAUUGAUAUGGAUCACCCUUUACUAGCUUUGAAUAUGACCAUUGUAGCAAUAGUUGUUAAAGAAGGGCUUUAUCGGAUAACAAAAAGAGCCGGGGAAAGGCAAGGCAGUGGACUUAUGAAAGCAAAUGCAUGGCAUCACCGUGCAGAUGCAAUUUCAUCUGUAGUUGCACUUUUAGGGGUUGGAGGCUCUAUUCUUGGAGUGAAGAUUUUAGAUCCUCUUGCGGGACUGGUUGUCUCAGGAAUGAUUCUAAAAGCUGGGCUGGAAACUGGAUACCAGAGUGUCCUUGAACUUGUUGAUGCUGCAAUUCCUGCUGAACAAUUAAAGCCCAUAAAGCAAACAAUUCAAGAAGUUAAAGGAGUCAAGGGAUGCCAUCGCAUGAGAGGAAGGAGAGCUGGUUCAAAUCUGUACCUUGAUGUACACAUUAUGGUUGAUCCUUUUUCUAGUGUUAGUGCUGCACAUGGCAUCGGUGAAAAUGUUCGUCAUCAAAUUCAUAAAUCUCACCCUGAAGUCACUGAAGUUUUCAUACACAUAGACCCUGCAUAUAUAGAGUUCUCCCCUGAUGUGAUGGACCAGAAAGAAUGUUUGGAGACGAUCACAGAACAGAAUGGUAAUAUUUCUACCAGGGAAGAAAAUGUUGAAGCAAUUGUUUCUGGCAUUCUCUCAUCAAAGUUCUCAGAGAAAUUCACGGUGGAGCGCAUCACCAGGCACACGUUGCAAGGGAAAAUGUUACUCGAAGUAGAGGGUACCAUGCCGCCGGAGAUUACAAUUCGUGAAGCCAUGGACGCAGCAAAGGAAGCAGAGAAGGAGAUAAGGAAGGCAGCUUCAAACAUUGUUCAUGUCAAUGUUCAGCUGAGACUAGGACGCCCAAUUCCACAGUUCAAAUAUGUUUAAACAUGAAUUCAAAUAUUCCUCUUUUUUAACAUAUGACUUAAGUUACAUCCCCUUCUUUCUCUAUUUUCUGUAGGUAUAGUUGAUUUCACAUGAAUAAAAAGGAGAAGGGAUACGAAAUUAAGAGCCAAAUGAUCAGAUAAUUGUAGUCUGAUAUCUUUUAGUCUACAUUAUAUUUUAUUUCAGAAAAGAAUAUCAUCA